AUGCCGGGCUUUAAAACAUCAUCGGAACAUGUCGGAGGAGGUGGUCGGAGAUCCAAGCCGAACGAAGCAUGUAAACGACACCCAAAACACAAGCAAUCGCCUGGAGUUUGUUCGCUUUGUUUGGCCGACAAACUGACUCAGCUAUCGACUCAUUCGUCAUCUUAUUGUCCUUCUUCGACGUCUUCUUCUUUAUCUUCCUCAUCUUAUUCCUCGUGUUCUUCCUCUCCCUUUCGUGCUCGUCGUUUUACUGCAGAUGGAAAAGAGUCUUGUUUUUGCUUUUUGUUGUUUAAUGGCAAGAAUCUACUCACUAAGAGCAGCUCAGUUGCCUGUGCUUCCCGAAUGAGAAGCAAAGAAGGCGAUGAUCGUAAGAAGAAGAAACGUGGGUUCUUGUCCAAGUUGUUUCACCCAAUAAGUACUAAGACGAAAGAACAGGUUUCAUUAAUGGCGGUGUUUGCUUGA